AUGGAUCGCCUCGAUCCUGAGCAGCUUCAAGCUGAGGCCAUCCGCCGCCUCUCUGAGCAGAGCGGACUGGAUCCCAGCCAGAUCCAGCUGUUUGUCUCGUCCUCCAACGACGGUGGUGACAUUACCGAGACCAGGUCAAUUGGAACCACCCAUUCCGAGACUCGCUCUAUCGUUCGUUCCGAGACCCGUUCUGUCGUCCACUCCGAGUCUCGCUCAGAUCUCCAUGGCUCUGGCUCGCAGUCGAAUCUCCAGCUGCACACUUCUGGAUCCCACUCGAUUCUGCGUUCCGGCUCGCAGUCUGCCCUCCGUAAUGAGUCUUUCUCCGCCGAUUCGUUGUCGGAGCUUCACGCCACGAACUCCUCCACGCAGCUGAGAGAGUCUGGAUCCCAGUCUGCACUGAGGUCUGGUUCCAUGACAAGGCUUCAGUCAUCGGGAUCUCUGGCUGCCCUCCACGAAGCCAACGACCACGCCACCUCCCAUGACGCCGAUGCUCAGCUUGCCCUCCAAGCUGCCAACGCCCAGUCCUCCACUGAAGGGUCCGGGUCGUUUUCCGCGUUCCGUGACGCCAGGCAAGGCAGCGACGAUGCCACACUAGCAACCAAGGGUUCUGCUUUCGCCAUCAAUGGAGCCAAUGCUAGCGAAGCUGACGCCAUAAGCCACUCUGCCAUCCGCCAAGGAAGCACCUCCGCCUCCGGCUCUGCCAGACCCGACAGCCAGGACGCCAGCACCACCCUCCACACGGCCAAUUCCGCCUACUUUGACACCACAAAUAACGCUGAAGUUGCUGCCGCUGCUGCUGCCGGUGCCGGCGCCAUCACCGCCUCCCAGCCUCAGGAGCAAGCCGAGCCUGCACACGAAUACCGGUCCGUUGUCAAGCCAGACGCGCAGUCGGUGCCGUCGGAGAAGCCCCACAGCGACACGGAUGGUGUCACUCUCAAUUCCAAGAGUUCCGUUGUACAUGUUCAUGACGGUAUCAACGUCGCCCGUGCGGAGCACGACUUUCAGGAGCUGAGCCGCGAGCUGUCCCGCCUAUCGCGCAGCCAGAGCAAGAAGAAUAAGGCCGGCGCAACCGACAUUGAGAAAGUUGCAAGCGUGUCGGAAACAAGUGAGCAGGAGCCGUUCGAUCUCGAGGGUGUGCUCAGGGGACGCAGAGGAGAAGAUGAGGAGGCUGGGAUCAAGUCCAAGCAGGUUGGUGUUAUUUGGGAUGGACUGACUGUUCGUGGCAUUGGCGGUGUGAAGAACUACGUCAAGACUUUCCCGCAAGCUUUUGUUUCGUUCUUCAAUGUCUACGAGACCGCCAAGAGUAUCCUGGGUGUCGGCAAGAAAGGUCGUGAGUUCGACAUUCUGAAAGAUUUCCGCGGAGUGGCCAAGCCUGGCGAGAUGGUUCUAGUCCUUGGUCGUCCGGGAUCAGGUUGCACAAGUUUCCUCAAAGUAAUUGCCAACCAGCGGUUCGGCUACACCGACGUUGCCGGUGAGGUCAUGUAUGGUCCUUUCGAUGCUGCGACGUUUGAGAAGCGUUACCGUGGAGAGGCCGUGUACAACCAGGAGGACGAUAUCCACCACCCUACGCUCACCGUCGGUCAAACUCUUGACUUUGCCCUGGAGACCAAGAUUCCCGGUGCCCGUCCGGCCGGGUUGAGCCGACAGGACUUCAAGCAAAGGGUCAUCGACAUGCUGCUGAAGAUGUUCAAUAUCGAGCACACGAAGAACACGAUUGUCGGCAACCCUUUCGUUCGUGGUGUCUCUGGUGGAGAGCGUAAGCGUGUUUCGAUUGCCGAGAUGAUGGUCACCAACGCCUGCAUCUGUUCAUGGGACAACUCGACCCGUGGUCUCGAUGCUUCCACCGCUCUCGAUUACGCCAAGUCCCUGCGGAUUCUCACCGACAUCCACCAAGUCACGACCUUUGUUUCCUUGUACCAGGCUUCCGAGUCCAUCUACAAGAUGUUCGACAAGGUCAUGGUCAUCGACUCGGGCCGUUGCGUGUAUUAUGGUGCUGCGAAGGAGGCUCGUGCUUACUUCGAGGGCCUUGGCUUCGUCGAGAAGCCUAGGCAGACGACUCCCGACUACUUGACUGGCUGCACCGAUCCAUUCGAGCGCGAAUUCAAGCCAAACCGUAGCGCAGACAACGUUCCCAGCACCCCCGAGGGUCUGGCCGAAGCGUUCAACAAGUCUGACAUCGCUGCUCGCAUGGACAGGGAUAUGGAGGCGUACCGCGAGCAGAUCAAGCAGGAAAAGCAGACCUGGGACGACUUCCAGACUGCUGUUACUCAAAGCAAGAGGCAUGCUUCCCACCGCUCCGUCUACACCAUUCCUUUCUACCUGCAGGUCUGGGCUCUCAUGCGCCGCCAGUUCUUCCUCAAGUGGCAGGAUAAGUUCUCUUUGACCGUCUCGUGGGCCACUUCCAUCGUCGUUGCCAUCAUUCUGGGUACUGUCUGGCUCCAGCUUCCUCAGACCAGUGCGGGCGCUUUCACUCGUGGUGGUCUUCUGUUCAUCUCCCUUCUGUUCAACGCGUUCGAGGCUUUCUCCGAGCUGGCUUCCACCAUGGUUGGCCGACCGAUCAUCAACAAACACCGUGCCUUCACCUUCCAUCGUCCUUCUGCCCUUUGGAUUGCUCAGAUCAUGGUCGACACGGUAUUUGCAAGCGCGAAGAUCUUGGUCUUCAGUAUCAUGGUCUACUUCAUGUGCGGCUUGGUUCUCGAUGCCGGUGCCUUUUUCACCUUUGUCUUGGUCAUCAUCUCUGGGUACCUCUCGAUGACACUGUUCUUCCGUACCGUCGGAUGUCUUUGUCCCGACUUCGAUGUUGCGAUCCGUCUUGCGGCUACGAUCAUUACCUUCUUCGUCUUGACUUCCGGAUAUCUCAUCCAAUGGCAGUCAGAGCAGGUGUGGCUCAGGUGGAUCUUCUACAUCAACGCACUGGGUCUCGGCUUCUCUGCGCUCAUGAUGAACGAAUUCAAGCGCCUGACCCUCACUUGCACGUCGGACUCCCUGGUUCCCACCGGAGGCGAUUACAACGACAUUGCUCACCAAUCUUGCACGCUCGCUGGAAGCACCGCUGGCACCGACCAGAUCUCUGGCAGUGCCUAUAUCGAGCAGGGCUUCGCGUACGACCCAAGCGACCUCUGGCGCAACUGGGGUAUCAUGAUCGUUCUUAUCGUUGGUUUCCUGGCUGCAAACGCCCUGCUUGGUGAGCACAUCAAGUGGGGUGCCGGUGGAAAGACGGUCACUUUCUUCGCCAAGGAGGAUUCCGAGACCAAGCAGCUGAACGAGGAGCUCCAGCGCAAGAAGGACAGGAGAAAUCGCAAGGAGGAGACGACUGGGGCCAGCGAUGGACUCAAGAUUACUUCAAAGGCUAUCCUCACUUGGGAAGACCUCUGCUACGACGUCCCGCACCCCUCCGGUCAUGGCCAAUUGCGCCUGCUCAACAACAUCUUCGGUUACGUCCAGCCUGGCAAGCUCACUGCUCUUAUGGGAGCUUCCGGUGCAGGCAAGACCACCCUUCUGGAUGUCCUUGCUGCGCGUAAGAACAUUGGUGUGAUCAGCGGCGAGAAGCUCGUUGACGGCAAGCCUCCCGGUAUCGCUUUCCAGCGUGGCACUGCCUAUGCCGAGCAACUGGAUGUCCACGAGCCUAGCCAGACUGUCCGCGAGGCUCUCCGCUUCUCCGCCGAUCUGCGCCAGCCGUACGACGUCCCUCAGUCUGAGAAGUACGCCUAUGUGGAGGAAGUCAUUUCUCUUCUGGAAAUGGAAGAUAUUGCCGACGCCAUCAUCGGAGAUCCCGAGAACGGUCUUGCUGUCGAACAGCGCAAGCGCGUCACCAUCGGUGUUGAGCUUGCUGCCAAGCCUGAACUGCUUCUCUUCCUCGACGAGCCCACUUCCGGUCUUGACUCCCAGAGCGCCUUCAACAUUGUCCGUUUCCUGAGGAAGCUGGCUGCUGCUGGCCAAAGUAUCCUUUGCACCAUCCACCAGCCGAACUCGGCGCUUUUCGAGUCGUUUGACAGGCUUCUGCUGCUCCAACGUGGUGGCCAGUGUGUUUACUUCGGUGACAUCGGCAAGGACGCUCAUGUGCUGCUCGAGUACUUCCACCAGAACGGUGCCGACUGCCCGGCUGAUCUCAAUCCCGCCGAGUGGAUGCUCGAUGCCAUUGGUGCCGGUCAAACCCCUCGCAUCGGCAACAAGGAUUGGGGUGAUGUCUGGAAGGAUUCUGACGAAUUCGCCAAGAUCAAGGAGGACAUCAUCCACAUGAAGCGCGAUCGUAUCGCGGAAGUCGGCGCUGCGCCUGUAGUCGAGCAACAGGAGUACGCCACCCCGCUGUGGUACCAGAUCAAGCGCGUCAACGCCCGCCAGCAGCUGUCUUUCUGGCGCACUCCCAACUACGGCUUCACCCGCUUCUUCAACCAUGUCGUCAUUGCCCUUUUCACCGGUCUCGCCUUCCUGCAGCUCGACGACUCGCGCUCCUCACUCCAAUACCGCGUCUUCGUCAUCUUCCAGGUCACCGUCCUGCCCGCUCUCAUCCUUGCCCAGAUCGAGCCCAAGUAUGCCGUCUCGCGUAUGAUUUCCUUCCGCGAGCAGUCUUCCAAGGCGUACAAGACGUUCCCCUUCGCACUGUCCAUGGUCCUUGCCGAGAUGCCGUACAGCAUCCUCUGCGCCGUGGGCUUCUUCCUGCCGCUGUACUACAUCCCGGGCUUCCAGUCGGAUUCGAGCCGGGCCGGCUACCAGUUCUUCAUGAUCCUCAUCACCGAGGUGUUCUCGGUGACGCUGGGCCAACUGAUCGCCGCCAUCACGCCCGACCCAUUCAUUUCCGCGCACGUCAACCCCUUCGUCAUCAUCGUCUUCGCCCUCUUCUGCGGUGUCACCAUUCCCAAGCCGCAGAUCCCCAAGUUCUGGCGUGCCUGGCUGUACCAGCUAGACCCCUUCACCCGUCUCAUCGGCGGCAUGCUCGUCACCGAGCUGACCGACCGCAAGGUCGAGUGCACGAGCGUCGAGCUCAACCGCUUCACCGCGCCCGCCGGCCAGACGUGCGGCGACUACAUGCGAGGCUUCUUUGUUGCUGGCGGCCCCGGUUACAUUGUCAACAACCAGACCAGCGAGUGCGAGUAUUGCGCGUACAGGGUCGGUGAUGAGUUCUACCAGCCGCUCGGCUACGAGUUUGUCAACCGCUGGAGGGAUCUGGGUAUUUUUGCUGCCUUCAUCGGCAGCAAUUUGAUUCUGCUGUUCACUGCUGCUCGCUUCUUGAACUUCAACCGUCGUUAA